AUGAUCGGCUCUAGAACCCUUCGAUCGGCUUGGGCGCGUCCUCCCUUAGCUCGGGCAACAAAUCCGAGAAAGCAAUAUUUCUACACUGCAAAUGGCUUUCGUCCUCGGCCUGCCCUAGGCACGUUACCCACUGGCAGGAGAAAGGCCACCAACGAAGCUGGCGAGGACGAAACGGGUCAUAUCGACACUAAGCCAAACGAGGGUAUCUUCUUCUUUGACAACGUCUUUCCGCUCAAGCUGCAAUGGCUGAAUCUAAUCCCAUAUCUCAACCCCGACAAGUUCCUCGCAACAUCCCUCCAAAAGGUCAACCAGCCUGGCCUCGCCCUUGCCGACACCUCAAGUAUCAUCAAGCGCGCCCUGCCCGACCAGAUGCCUCUUAAAGUACUCGAGGUUCUUCCAAGACUUCGCGAGGGUGGUGCAUUUGUCAAAUUCUCCCAUGAUGGAGCAAUCACCGCACAGGAGCUGGAGAACACAUUAAAGGAAUAUAUGAAAGAAAAACCUAUCACACCCUGGUUCAAUCCUCUGCGCACAGUUCGUGCCUUUUUGGUUCAAGGAAAACCCUGGAUCGAAGACUUGUACCGUGUGCCUUGCGCGAGAAUCAGAGUCGAGUUUAUGCCCACAACUCCCGAAUCCUCUGCUGCAGAAUUAACCCAGGAGACCCUCUACUCAUUGUUCCGCAGAUACGGCAAAAUUUCAGAGAUUAUUCCUCAGCCUUCCGACUCCAAGGUUCUUCCCAAAUUUGCCUACGUCGAUUAUACAAGAAUUCGCUUUGCCACCAUGGCCAAGAAUUGUAUGCACGGCUUCACAGUCCCCACUGAAGAAGGGGGUGGUAAAGCUGGGACUCUUUUGAGACUAAGCUAUGAGUCCAAGCGGAAGAAGGGCUGGUUCUGGGAUUGGAUCAGUAACCAUCCAAGAAUUGUCCUCCCCAUUCUCGUGGCACUUUUGACCGCUACUUCGGUCACUGUCUUUGAUCCUAUCAGAACAUUUUUCAUCCGCAUGCACAUCACUCAUGGCUUGCAUUUAGAGGACCAGGCUUUGUACAGGUACAUCAAGAGUCAGCUUUCUCGAGGUUACGAUAUUAUCCGGUUUAGAAAGCAGUCAGAGAACGAUGACAACUUGAGGAUAAUAUGGGAAGAUCGGCAUGAAGCUAUCCAACAAUUACAGACAUGGUUGAUUGAAACCGCCGACACCUUUAUUGUUGUGCAAGGCCCUCGAGGUGCGGGAAAGAAAGAGCUGGUCAUGGAUCAAGCGUUGAAAGAUCGGCCCAAUAAACUGAUCAUCGAUUGUAAAAAGGUACAGGAAGCACGUGGCGAUAGCAAUACUAUUGCAGCCGCUGCUGAUCAAGUGGGCUACAAGCCAGUCUUCUCAUGGAUGAACAGCAUCAGCAGUAUGGUGGACUUGGCGGCUAUGGGUACCAUCGGCACCAAGACUGGCUUUUCUGAAACCCUCGACUCACAACUGGCCAAGAUCUGGAGUAAUACUACCGCCGCUCUCAAGCAGAUCGCUUUGGCCCCACGAAAGAAUGACGACAAAGACAUGAACAUGUCCGAUGACGAAUGGCUUGAAGCACAUCCAGAUGCUCGGCCAGUCGUUAUUAUCGACAAUUUCUUACACAAGAGCAAUGAAGGGGCUGUCAACAUGGUCUACGACAAAUUAGGAGAAUGGGCCGCCACAUUAACCACUCAAAAUAUCGCACAUGUGAUAUUCUUGACCACAGAUGUCUCCUUUUCCAAAUCACUUGGCAAGGCUUUACCAGACCGAGUUUUCCGUCAAAUUGCCUUGAGCGAUUGCACACCUGAAGUGGCUAAGAAAUUGGUCAUCAAUCAAAUUACCCGCGAUUCUGAAGACGAUGAGGAGGAGUCUAAAGUCACAGAAUCGCGGAUGAGGAGUGAUUUGGAUGAGCUUGAUGGAGUCAUUCAAGUCUUAGGAGGUCGACUCACAGAUCUAGAGUUUCUCGCUCGUAGGAUCAAGGCGGGCGAAUCACCAGGCAAAGCUGUUCGCCAGAUUAUUGAACAAUCGGCAUCUGAGAUCCUUAAGAUGUACCUGCUUGAUGUCGACGUGGCAAACCGUAAAUGGACGCCGCAGCAAGCCUGGUAUCUUGUUAGAGAACUGGCUGCCAAUGAGACUCUACGUUACAAUGAGCUCCUCCUCAAUGAUAUAUUUAAGGAUGGAGAGGUUGUCCUCCAAACCCUGGAGCAGGCGGAAUUGAUUUCCAUCUCCUCUCAGAACGGCCGGCCAUACGGUAUUAAACCUGGCAAACCGGUUUUCCAGGCCGCUUUCGAAUACCUCACCGAAGAUGAGGUCCUGAAGGCACGUCUUGACCUCGCCAUUCUGACUCAGUUGAUUGGCAUUGAGAACAAGAACGUGGAUAAAUAUGAACUCGAACUGAAGACACUGGGAGAAUACCCUGGGACACCUAGUGAAUUGAAACCCAGGAUAAAGUGGUGCUUGGACAAAGCCGCGGCUAGUCAUGCAAAGGUCGAAAAGUAUGAGACUCAAGCUGGGCGAUUCAAGAAAAUACUGGCGGAAAAGUUCUGA